GGCUUUUUGUUUUGGAAACACGAGGAAGCGCCUCCAGUGAGCGUGAAGGUGGAGGGAAACGGCGGGAAAAGGCUCUCCCCCGCCCUCCCCGUUGCCGUGGAAACGGACCAACGCACAAAACAAGCGCGCGGGCGCUUUUAAACCUCUCGGGGUUUCUCUGCGGAAGGGAGCGUGCGCAGGCGCGCGAGGCAACAGGGCGUGGCUGAACUAAGGGAGAGUUGAAAAGGGACGCCAUAGAGACAGCCUCCCUCUCCCGUCCUAGAGCGACCGGUGGGAUUUUUAAAGUUCCGCUUCCGUCGCCGGACCGCUUCCGGCCCUGCUUCCUGGAUUGGGCGCGAUGGAGUCGGUGCUCAGCGAAGUGGUGGCGCUGGAGGAUCUGCAGGUGAGUCGGAGCCUUAUUUAACAGCAGGAGGAGCGCGCGGGUUUUGUGUGUGUGUCUCCCUCUUCUCCUGGCUCUGGUCGCGGGCCGCGAGAUUUAAGUGGAGCCUCCAGGUCCACCUUGGGCCACUGAGUGUGGGCGGUGCCUUUGAGUUUCGUGGGGUCAGCUGGGCUUGGACGGGCCUUUUGGCCCAGCAUGGCCGCCCUUUGCUCUCCGUCCUGGUCGCUUCGUUCUCCCUCGCCGCGCGCUCUUCUCCGCCGGCCUAAUUUUGGGUGGUUCUUCCUUUUUUAAAAAUGCACCCUCCUGUAGCCUUUUACAUUUGUGCUGUGGGUCUGAAGAUGAGGUGGAGCCGGAGCUUCCUCUCCUCCAACGAAAAUGCUUCAUGGUGGUGGUGGUGGUGGUGGUGUUUAGGCGUUUAGUCGUGUCCGACUCUUCGUGACCCCAUGGACCAGAGCACGCCAGGCACUCCUGUCUUCCACUGCCUCCCGCAGUUUGGUCAAACUCAUGUUUGUAGCUUCGAGAACACUGUCCAACCAUCUCGUCCUCUGUCGUCCCCUUCUCCUUGUGCCCUCCAUCUUUCCCAGCAUCAGGGUCUUUUCCAGGGAGUCUUCUCUUCUCAUGAGGUAGCCAAAGUAUUGGAGCCUCAGCUUCAGGAUGCUUCAUGGUAGCGACUAGGAAGAGGCAUCACUCUCCUCCGCUGAAGUGCUGGGCAGCCACUCCAUAUGGAGAAGGGAAGUGUUGGGAGUGACUUGAGUGAAUUCAAGUGAGGGAAAGUACAAAGCACCCCCUAUCUUCCUCAAGACGCUUUUGCCUGGCUUAUAUGUAGCAUUAAACUAUGAGGCUGUAAUAAUGCUUCUUUCUUCUCUGGAUGGAGGCUGGAGAGUGAGUAGCUUUUAUAUGGCUAAAAUGUAGCUAAUGUGAAACCUGGCCCCACGCAUCACUGGAAUGUGGCCCUUGGAAGAUUGCCUACAAUGCAAUUUGGCCCUCUGGCUGGAAAAGGUGUUAUCCUCUCAGCACACACACACACACGGACUCUCUCUAUUAAUUUAGUGUGAUAUGCAGCUAAGCCAUGAUCAGAGUAGCACUACUCUGGCUUAGCUGGAUGCUACUGUUUAUGAUUAUGAAUAUUAGCUACAAACUGGAUUUUAAAUUAUGUAGGUAAAUUAAUUUAGUUAGCUACUUAUGCUAUACAUAGACUUGUAUGUUCUCCAUAUGUUUUGCUCUCCUCUGCUCCCUCAUCAAGGUGUCAGAGGGAGCUCAAGAAACAAAUGGGCUGGUUUCUCCUGUUUCCCUGUGAUCGGUCAUUCCACCCCCACCCUCCCGUACACAUUGAGGCAGUUUCAUGGCAGUGACUUUUUCUGUUCUCCAGUUAGGAUGUCUGGACAGCUGGGUUUGCUGACAGCUGAGGUAUAUACUGUAUACGGGGUUUGAAAUUAGCAGGGCGCCAGGCACAUUUCGCGCCUAAAGGUUCUCCAUUUGCGAGCACCUCAAAAUGUCUGGGUGCCAUUUUUUGCGCCUGGCUGACACUCAAGGAUUACUGGAAUGUAUGUGCUUUGAAGCCUUGAAGUAUAUGUUAAGGAUAGACAAUACGUUAAGGAGUUUAACAAUAAAGAGUAGCAUGUUUUGAAAACUGAAGUUUGGUACCAAUAUUUUUAUUGUAAACACCAAAUUAAACCUGUAUUAACAAAUUCUGUUUAAAAUGUGAUAUUAACAAUGUGUCACUUAUGUGAAUUGUGUAUUAGUUCAUGCUUAUCAAAAUAAUAAAAAGUAUUAUCAGUAAGUAUUGAUCUGAUGUGUAGAGAUCUUUCCUAUUCUGCUUAAUUCAAAAGGGUUCUGGAAGCUUCUCUGUGUGAAAGAAACAAGCAGAAGGUUCAUGAUGUACAGCUGGCUUAAACUGGUUCUGUUAUCUCUUCUGUCAAGGUCAUGCUGACUAUAAAAGUAGGGGCAGAAGGAGCCGGGGUUUCACUUUCUCUUUCUAUCUCUUUUCCUUCUGGUCUGGUGUUUUAUAUGCAGUUGUACCUUGGAUCUCAAAUGCCUUGGCUCCCGAACAAAUCGGCUCCCAAACUAUCAAAACCUGAAAGCGAGUGUUCCGGUUUUUGAACGAUUUUUCGGAAGCCGAAUGCCUGGCGCGGCUUCUGGAACGCAUUCUGUUCGAGAACCAAGGUACCACUGUAUAGUUUUUAGACUUACUAUAAGUUGCUGUAAGCUUAAGUUAAAUCUGCUGUAACUGGAUUUCUUAUGGACAGUGCCAAUCCUGAAUGUAUUGGAUUUAUAACCAUUAUGCUCAUUUGUCUUCAAUAGCAGUAAAGCUCUGCUGGAUGAAAUACAACUGCCUCUGGUCUAUUUUUGGGGAAUCCUACAACGUAUUUAAGUUUUUACUCUGCUAACUAUAAAUUGGAAUCUGCUCUGGAUUGAGUAGAAUUUCAUGACAAGGUGUCCUCCAGAUGUUGCUGAAAUACAGCUCCCAUCAUUCCUGAUCACUGGUCAUGCUGGCUGGGGCUGACAGGAGUCACAGUUCUGGGGGAACAUUGGUUUCCCAUUCCUCUUCUUACACAAAUACAGCAUCCUAGAAGGUGCCCUGUGCUUUCCCCCACAGUUCUGUAUUGCAGAGAGUGUUUGGCAAUGGAGCUAAAGAUGGGAGCAGUGCAUGCAUACACCCACAUCCAUGAUAAAGAAGAAGAGGUGGUUUCUUAGAUGUGUAAGAUCAAGUAAUUGAAGCCUCGUGGUUAUAGAAGGCAGCAUGUUAACAGCCUAUAAUCAAAUGAUUCAGAUCUCUAAAGGGCUGUCACAUGGACGAUGGAGCAAGCUUGUUUUCUCCUUCUCCAGAGGGUAGGACCCAAACCAAAGGAUUCAAGUUACAAGAAAGGAGAUUCUGACUAAGCAUAAGGAAGAACUUUCUGACUGUAAGGCAGGCAUAGGCAAACUCGGCCCUCCAGAUAUUUUGGGACUACAACUCCCAUCAUCCCUAGCUAACAAGACCAGUGGUCAGGGAUGAUAGGAAUUGUUGUUCCAAAACAUCUGGAGGGCCGUGUUUGCUUAUGCCUGCUGUAAGGGCUCUUUGACAGAGGACACAACUCCCUCAGGAGGUGGUGGACUCUCCUUCCUUGGAAGUUUUAAAACAGAGGUUGGAUGGGACAUCUAUCAAGGAAGCUUAGUUGAAAUUCUUGUAUUGCAGGGGGUUGGACUAAAUGACCCUUGGGGUCCAGUCCAACUCUACAAUUCUGUGAUUUAUUUGUGAGGAAGUAACUGGCAUAAGGGAUGCGGGUGGCGCUGUGGGUAAAACCUCAGCACCUAGGACUUGCUGAUCGCAUGGUCGGCGGUUCGAAUCCCCGUGGCGGGGUGCGCUCCCGUCGUUCGGUCCCAGCGCCUGCCAACCUAGCAGUUCGAAAGCACCCCCGGGUGCAAGUAGAUAAAUAGGGACCGCUUACCAGCGGGAAGGUAAACGGCGUUCAGUGUGCUGCGCUGGCUCGCCAGAUGCAGCUUGUCACGCUGGCCAUGUGACCCGGAAGUGUCUGCGGACAGCGCUGGCUCCCGGCCUAUAGAGUGAGAUGAGCGCACAACCCUAGAGUCUGUCAAGACUGGCCCGUACGGGCAGGGGUACCUUUACCUUUACCUAACUGGCAUAAGAAGUGAAGCAAAUCCACUAGGGGGCAUCAAAUCACUUCCAAUAGCUCUUGAGCGCUUAACUGCCCAAGCCUAAAUGUGUACACUUAUUCAUGGAUAUUGUUGAAUUCAGUGUAGGUUUCAUUCCAGUAGGUACAUUUAGAGUUGUAGCCUUAUUUGUUCCAGAGGAGAGCACUGAUUCAGUGACAUUUUUUCCGACAAUGCAGCUGCUGUUUUUGCAGUCUCUGAGCAGCAGCAGCUUGGCUUUAAAGAAUUGGUGCUUUGUUUGAUCCUACGUGUUGCAUUUACAUUGAAUGUGCUAACUUAGGAAAGAAGAUACCAUAGGUUUCUAUGGCUGUGUGCAGUUGGAAUUGGGCAUUCAGGGUCAAUUGAGUCACUAAGGAGGAAAGGUACGGAACAAUAAGGAAUUUCCAGGAUGUCUGUAUUAGCGCCAUCAACUUUCUUGUGAAUGGCUACUCUUAAUAACAUAAUUAUCAGCCUUGUAAUUAUUCUGCGUUUCAUUCCUCUCUGACCUCAGUGAUGAUAAUACCUUGCCCCGUCUAUUAACCUUAAGUACACCUGUAACCUAGGAUGACAUUUCAUACAUCUGAUGAAAUGGACGAAAGCUUACACUGUAAUAAAUUUGUUAGCCUUCCAGGUGGCACAAGAUGCUUUGUUAGUUGCAGCCAAGCUACCCCUCUGGAAAUGGGAAAAUCGCAUGGCAUGUAUGUCUUACACAAUGACAAACAAUCAGGGUGUAUUUUAAGUGACCAUGAAUAAGGGCUGGUUUUUCAAAUUGGAGACUUGAAUUGUGGUUUUGGUGUUCUCAUUCAUAUAUGGUUACUCCACAACAAUACAUGCUAAUGUUUUGUCAUAAUGACCAAUAUCGGCUUGCAAUGACCUAUGCUAGUUCCCCUGGGAGUAGAAAUACUGGCAUGGUGAGGUACCAACACAGCUUUCUAUAGUGCACAGGAAUGCAGUCUAAAACUAGUUUCCUUUUGUAUUGCAGAAUCUAUCUGCAUUUAAGGGAGCAAUUGUGAAAUUAAGCACUUUUUCCUGGCACAGUGUUUAUAGCUGUAAGGCGCUUACCCAAAUCAGAAGCAGGAGCUGGUGGAUACAGGACAGAGAGAUGCAUCUCCAUGACUUGGAAGGCAAAUCUUACUAUUGUUUAUUGUUCAAACCAUGAAUAUUUAGACUCCUUGCCUUUUGGGUGUGUGACAGCGAAUUAUUGUAUUUCCAUGCCAGUUUCCAUUAACCUGGAUCCCAAAGUAGCUUUCAUACAAUCAAUUACCGCAAUAAACAUUACAGUAGAACAUCACACUUAAUAUAACAGAACAUCAAAAUUGCAAUGCUUGGACUUUUGGGAGCUGCGCCUGUCAAGUCAUACAAUACUGUCAAGGAAUCUACAGUUCAGUUUGGUGUCCCAUGGUAUCUUGAGAGUUAUGUGCUCCCGAGCCCUGCUUUAACAUCUGAACUGUGUUGAUGUGUUUAAGAGUAGGGGGGGAAGCAUGGAUUCAUUUGAGUAGCUGUGGGAAUACUUAAUAUAGCAAACCUCUUAAUAAUAAUAAAAUCCCCCUCCCUGAAAUUUACUCACUAUGGUGUGACCUGUGGUUACUGCUGAGGGCUAGUGGAGAAGGAUCCAAGAUACUUUGUUGGUUGUGACCAGGGCAUGUGUGCUUCUCUCGAAACAUAGCCCAGUUUUAAAAGGAAACCUCCAUUUAAUACAGAGGCCUGCCUCUUAAAACGCCAGUGCCUGAUCUGUGCGUGCAUCUGACUGAUGUGGCUGAAUCUUGAGGGGCAGGAGUGGGCAGUGCAAUUUCAGACUGUAGAUGGAUGGGUGUCAUUUUUAAAGAAAUGUUCCUUGCAUUAAUCCAGUCGCCCUGGAGGUCGUAGAGCUAGUAGCCUGUGAGCUAAUUAGGCCUGGAAUGCUGUUCCUGGCCCCCCCAAACCCCCACCCACCUGUUGUCAUCUGGUGGGCAGGUGUAGGGUUGCCAUAUUUCAAAAAGUGAAAAUCCGGACACAAAAAUCUCAAACAGAAAGAGAGCUAUUUUUAAGGAAAUUUGCAAAAAGUCUACACUUCCAACAUGGGUUGCCAUACGUCCGGAUUUUUCCAGACGUUUCAGCGAUUUCCUCCCGGACACACUUUCCGAUGGCCCAAUACUGUCUAUGUCUGGGAAAUUCCAGACAUAUGGCAACCCUAGGCAGGUGGACAUGCCUUAAAUUUUACCCUUGGCAAGGGACGCUUGCUGUUGGCGAUGACCGCAGAUCUGCAGCGAUCAGUUCCCUGUGAGGAGUGCCAUGGCAUAGGCAAUGCCUAAAGGUGGAGGGAUGCCAUUUUAAAAAUGCUCCCCAGGUGGUAGUAUAUCCUUUUCCUUGUAGGAAGCUUCUGUUGGGGGUAAUUCCCCCCCCCAAGCUUCUCCCUGAAGAUAACGCUUCAGGUGGACUCCAGUCUGCAGAACCUUGUGCAAUAAUAAAUUGGUGGGGGUUGGUACUGGUGGGAGAACUAGCUCAGCCUCAGAGUAUUUAUUUUGGAGGUCCUCCUCAAACUGCAGGGACUAACUUGCCUUCUUCACUGCUGCUGGGUUCCAGGCACUGUCAUCCUAUCUAUUGCCAAGAUCCUCCAUGGAGCCUACAGCAGACUCCGUGAGAAUUUUGGCUUCUCAAGUUAAUCAUUUCGUAAUGGGGGGAAAACAUGACUUAAAUUGGUGUGCCUUUCCAUUGACUUUUCUCUCUCUCUUUCUCCCCCCCCCCUUUGGUGGUUUCAAUCAAUGGUUUUUACCCUGUUUGGAUUUAAUUCAGUCCACAUACUACCAAGGGGGCCUCGGCUCUACCAUCACACCCUGCAAGCUGGGUGGGAUCAGUGACCCUUCACCAGAUGCUGCUGAGCCCCAUCUCUCCUUAGUCCCAGCCAGCUUGGCCCAGUGGGAAAUUGGAGACUCCAGCAAUGUCUUGAGAGCUACGGAUUCCCCACCCAAAAGUGAACUGGCAGCAGGUUCCAUGCAUUGCCUCUGGGCUUGCAAGUGGAAGGGCGGUUUGCCUAGUUGCUGACUCCUUUCUGCCAGCUCCCACCCCAUAUAGGACAAGGUGCUCUUCAGGUCUUCUCUUGGCCUCCUUUGGGUGUUUUCAGGCUUUUGAGCAGUGGUGUUGCAACCAGAGUGUUGUUUAAACAGUUCUGUUUCCUUUCCGAUGAAAUUAAAAAGGGCACUUUUAUGGCAGGUGACGUUCCUCUCCUUGAGCGGCUGUUUUUAGUAAACGCGGUUUUUUGAGCAGGCUUCUGAGAAGUCAUGCAGCUACUUGGACAGAUAUUUGGCUGGUGUUAGCCAUCACUUCAAACCUCUUUACACCACUGCCCCGCUGAAGGUCACAUUGUUUUCAUCAUGGGAGUGGAUGAUCUCUAUAUUUCUUUAUAUUAAUUUUACUGAAUAGCUGGUAAAAGUACCCAUAAAGUAUCAGGGUGGUGUGCAGCAGUAUGAAAAUGUAAAAAAAACCCCACAAUUAAUAGUAGUACGGAACAAUCAUUAAAAUGACUGGCUACCCAAUAAAAUUGUAAACAACUGCAUGGCCCUGUUUAAACAGGGUGGGGGUGCCUUAUCAUGAAUGGGAAGAUUGGUCCUCCAAGCUCAGUGCUGUCUGCACAGACUGCCAGCGACUCUUCAGGUUUUCCAACAGGGAGUGUGUCUCAGCCCAACCUAGGGAUGUUGGGAAUCGAACCCAAGACCUUCAGCCCGCAAAGCAGGCACUCUGCCACUGAGCUACAGCCCUUUCCCCUGCACGUUCCCUUCUGAGCCCUUCCAUGAAAUGGGGUUUGAAUGGUUUGUGUGCCUGCGGAACAAAGAGCCCCCUCUGACUUUCCAGCACUAAACAGCCUGGCAGCCUUGGGUGGCAGUUGGUGCGACCUGCCCAGACCAAAUCCAUUGAUGGGAGACAAAAAGACCAGUGUCUGGUUUCGGAGGUGCUUGUUGUUCUCUUCUUGUUUUUUCGAUGCUUGCGUAAGGCUUCAUAGAAGAUCCGGCUGCUAAGCCAGGGUCACCGGUUCCUGUUGGAGCAAUUCCGCAUCUGGGAAUCAUCUGUCCUUACUAGGUACUCAAUGCUUUAAAAUAAUAAUAAAUCUCCCAACUGGUAGAGCUGAAUUCUCUAACCUUUGUCGAAAUUUAUGUGCUUGUACAUCAUUCCUCUUACAUAAUUGGUUCUGCACCUGUCCCUUUCUAUUUCUGAAGUUCGGUGGUGAGUAGCCGAGAUGGUACCAUCCACGCACAAAUACAAAAAAAUAUUUAGGGUGAUGGGUUUUUUUUUGAAAAGCUGGAAAAGGAAACUCUUGGAUCUGCCAACCACAGACAAGUGGCCCAAUGGAAGCAGCUCUACCAUAGGCCAGAGCAGCAUUCAUAACUCCCAUUGUUCUAGGUGCCUUUUGCAGGGGAAGGAAGAAGAGAAGAAGAAGAAGAGUUUGGAUUUGAUAUCCCGCCUUUCACUCCCUUUAAGGAGUCUCAAAGCGGCUAACAUUCUCCUUUCCCUUCCUCCCCCACAACAAACACUCUGUGAGGUGAGUGGGGCUGAGAGACUUCAAGGAAGUGUGACUGGCCCAAGGUCACCCGGCAGCUGCAUGUGGAGGAGCGGAGACGCGAACCCGGUUCCCCAGAUUACAAGACUACUGCUCUCAACCACUACACCACACUGGCUGACUAGACCAUGUGAAAAAUAAACAUAAUAUAUUAGCUGCAGUUCAUUCAUUUUCAGCUGUGUAUUCUUGUUAUAAAAAAGCGUGUCUAGACAGUCCAUUGUUGCACCCAUAACCUAGGUUUAAGGUGCCAUUUAGCUCCUAGCUUUCAUAUCUCGGCUUCUAACACUGGGCCAGAGUCCCUUGUCACUCCUUCAUGAUCUAUAGGCCUGCUACCUGCCCUCUGGUGGCCUACUGUGGCCAAGAUCGUGUCAGCUUGACCCCUGCUGACGUAUUGUUCUCAGGAAAAACCUGUGAAUUGGGUGGGCGAAGUGGGGCAGAAAGGCACAUUUUGCCUUUCCUGGGAGACUGGUGUCAGCUUAACCAUCCCUCUCUUCUUUUCCACAGAGAUUUGAGAAGAAGUACAAUGCUGAGGUGAGCUCAGGCAAUGUCUCCAAAGGGACCACAUUUGAGUACGCCUGGUGCCUGGUCCGCAGCAAAUACAACGAGGACAUCAAGAAGGGCGUUGUACUCCUGGAAGGUGAGCAGUAGAUCAAUAGACUAGAACAUCCACCGAGCCACCUCCUUGAUUUCUCUUGCCAAGCAAGACAUCCAUUAAGCUAAUCGUAAAGCAGUGGUUGAAACACCCACCCCAUUUUGAUUUGAUUGAUUGAUUUGAGCUCCACAGUGUGUCCUUUUUGUACACUCUUGUUGGUUAUUUUGUAGUUUUUAUUACAAACAUCCCAGUACUUGAAACUAGCCAGGCACAUUUUGUACCUGGCUAUCGACUGCUUGCAACCAAGUGAAGAAGCCUGAAUGGUGGCUGACAUCUCCACCAUCUGGAGGUGCAUGCCUGGGGAUCCUUGGAUCUUGAUUGUUUUCACACGCUAAUGCCACACCCUAUCUGUUACAUUUUAUUUGCGCAAUCGGAACCAAUUUCAGGAACCAAAAUGCUUUUUCUGUGCAGCCUGAGCAGGAGCAGUUGCAACGUUAUGGUUAAUUGUUGUCGUUUGUCUUCACUUUCCCCAUCCCACUGCCCUGGUCACAGUUGUGAAGAAUAUUUCUACGUUAUGAAUGGUUUGUGUCACCAUGAAGAAAAACAGGUAGGGAUGGGCCAGUAUAUAUGUGGACUGUCCCUGGAUCAAGUGACUUUUCUUCUUUAAGUCCUCCAAGUUCUUAACCUAGCUCAAGGUUGUCAUUGGAACUAGCCUGAUGUUUCAGUGAAACUCAGUCACAGUCAGUCUGACAUUUGCAGAAGAAGACCUUAGAGCCGUCUUAAUCCAUAAAGCGGGUGGCACUGUGGUCUAAACCACUGAGCCUCUUGGGCUUGCCAAUCAGAAGGUUGGUGGUUCGAAUCCCCAUGACGGAGUGAGCUCCCAUUGCUCGGUCCCAGCUCCUGUCAUCCUAGCAGUUCAAAAGCAUGUCGGAAAGUGCAAGCAGAUAAAUAGGUACCUCUCUGUUCUGGUUUCAGAAGCGGCUUAGUCAUGCUGGCCACAUGAUCCAGAAAAACUGUCUGCAAACAAACGCCGGCUCCCUCGGCCUGUAAAGUGAGAUGAGCACUGCAACCCCAGAGUCGUCUGUAACUGGACUUAACUGUCAGGGGUCCUUUACCUUUACCUUUUACCCCAAAAUGGCAACUAGGCAUUCCAUUUUGGCAUCUACAACCUCGGUUUAAAGAUCCAUUUGGCCCCUAGCUUAUAUACAGUGGUACCUUGGUUUACGAACUUAAUCUGUUCCGGAAGUAUGUUCUUAAACCAAAACCUUUCUUAAACUGAGGCGUGCUUUCCCUAACGAGGCCUCCCGCUGCUGGUACCCUUCCACCGUUCGGAUUCUGUUUUUAGACCGAGGUGAAGUUCUCAAACCAAGACACUAUUUCCAGUUUUGCGGAGUUUGUAAACCAAGGUACCACUGUAUCUGAGUUUCUCACACUGCAACCUCUCCACCUGCAAGCACUUGCUCUAAUAAGAGCCUUACUAGAUUGGACUGAAAGUGUUUCUAGUCCGGCAUUCUUCCGCCCGGCCCCACGGCCAAUCAUAUGGCCUCCAGCAAGCCCACAGGCAGGGCGUGACUAGCCCUUCUCCCCCAGCACCUGGUAUUCAGCAGCACACUGUCUCUGAACGUGGAAGUUCAUCUACCAAACAUGGCUGAGAUUUGCAGAACCCUCUUUCACAGCCGCCUGAACCCACCACCACAUGAACUGGCAAAGAGGUCCACGUGCCAAUUAUGCUUUCUGCGAAUAAGUACGUUUUUCUGCGUGGUUUGCCCUGAAUCUGCUGCCAGUCAAUUAAUUGAGCAGCUCCCACGUUCUGCCAUAAUCGGUUGGGGAGGGGAGAAAAAAAACUCAUUUCUCCGCACCAUAAACUUCCGCUAUGAGUUCCCCCCCCCACCUCCCUUGGAGUAUCAAAGGAUCUUCUGCACUGUGGGGAGAGAAAACCUUUUGUGUGUACGUGGCAGUGGGUGAGAUGCCUCCUGUCCUUCCGCCUCUGCCACAUCCUCCCCCUUCUUUUUUUUGUGUGUGCAUCUGUCCCAUUCCUGUCUUUUCAUCGGUCGGGCGUGACCUCCUUGGCACAGUGUCCUUGCUCUCCUUGCACGGCAGCUCCCCGUACACUCUCUUGACCUUCGGCUUGCCAAAGUCCAGGCGCCAUGGUGUCGUUUGGGAUUCGGUUGUCAGGAAUCCAGGUGGGGUUACUCUAGUUCCAAGUUCAGAUUUUUGUGUUUUGUGUCUGUAUGUGUCGUGAGCUGUAGGAGGCAGGUAAAAUGGAGAAACCCUCAGACCCAUCUCUCUCUAAACAGAUCUAGGUAAAUGUUACACUCUUGACCCUUUUAUUUUCAGAGCUGCUGCCCAAAGGGAACAAAGAGGAGCAGCGUGAUUAUGUCUUUUACCUCUCGGUGGCCAAUUACCGGCUGAAGGUAAGUCUCUGCUGGUGGCCCUGCCUGCUUCCUUUGGUUUGGACCUGCUUAUAUUUGUACCUCUGUUGUUCAGGCGAGAUGGGAUCCUGAUGAGGCUUAUAGUUAAAAUCCACGAAAAGUUUAACUUUUUUUCCUCUAAAUUAAUUUCCUCUAAAGCAGCAGCUGGGUCACCUCUACCUCUCGGGCCUUAUUAGGCCUACCAAGCCUGUCUAUUUGUGCUGCGAGACUGUUCAGGGAACCCACCCACCCUAUAGUGUACGUGAUGUCAGGUGUAGGUCAGGGAAAGAACAGGUUGAAAUGGGGUCUGCUGGGCCCACUGAUCUGUGAAAAGUCUCGUGCACAGUGCUUUGUGAACCCUGAUGAUCAGCCAGUUGUUGGCACUUGCAAAGCCCAUGGGAGCAGUGUGGUGUAGUGGUUAGAGUCAUAGUAGGACCAUGGUGGUUGCUGUGGGGAUUGCCUUGCAGGGGGUUGGACUAGAUGGCCCUUGUGUUUCCCUUGCGAGUUUACAAUUCUAUGAAAGGAGGAGGCAGGAGAAUCAUGUAAGCCACAUUGAGCUGCAUGGAGAAAACGGUGGGAUAUAUACCGGUUUAUAAAUGCAAUAAAUAAACAAUAAUAAAUGUUUUGAUUCCAAGUCAUGUAGGCAAAAAAAGGGAUGAAAAAUGAGUAAGACUUUCACUUGAGAGCUGCUGCCAGUCGAUGCAAACUAUACUAAGCUAGAUGACCCAAUGGUCUGACUCGAUAUGUUCCUGGUGUCAUUGUGGUGCCAGGUGAUUGACAGAUAGACUUGCCCACCUGUUGAGCUUGGCCUCUGUGCAGGGGGUGGGGAGGUGAUGAUCUGCUCAAAUCCAGCGCUCCACCUCUGCUCUGGAGGAGAACAUCUGACAUCGAGUCAGUGGGACAGAGGCAAAGAGGGAAGGAAGGUCAAGAUCCGUUCUUCCUUUCUUCAAAGUGGUGUCAAGCAAGUGAGUUCUUCUUCCUCAUUACCUCUCCCAGCUUCUGCCCCUUUCUCCCAAACUGGAACUGAUUUGGCCCAGGGCUGCUAGUUGCUGAUCCCUCACUUGGACAGUAUCCACAGGGGCUAGCUCCACAGAACGCCCUGCAUAGCAUUUGUUUGUAUCCUCAGGGCUCCGAUGAAUGAAUAUAUAGAAGAGCAGCAGUUGGCACUCAAGAGGAUUCAAUCAGGCAACAGAAAGUUGGAGGCUGCAUUAAGUCUUCCCCUGUUCCAUCCUCUGUCCCCAAAUCUGACUUAAGGAAAGCUGAGCUUCUGUUUUUCACCCACUUCCUCCUUACACAGAUUGGAAAACUUCAAAAUGUUUUGCAUCCUGCAGAUUUUUGCAGAUAGGCAACAGAUGUGUUUUCUGCCUGGGUUGCCAAAUGGCGAGCGGGGGAUAGAUCCUCAGUCAGUGUUUGAGACUUUGCCUAUCUUUCACGCUCGCUUCCCCCACCAUGCAAGGGAGACGUUAACUCUCCUCUCCAGGGUGAAAGUCCUGCGUUUCCCGUUACCUCAGGCCCUUUCUUAUCUCUGGCAGCUAAUCCCAACUCCAUAAACCUUGUCAAAACCAGGGUGGUGCCCACAUGUAUCAGUCUCAGCCGGGCCUUUUAUCGGUGCGCUUUUAUAGACUGCGAGAGCAGCAGAUCAUAACCCUCUUCAGUCAUGGGGCAUGUGUGUGGAGGCAACGGCGCGAGAUAAGCAGGAGCUUGGGCCCAAAGGGAAGGAGCGGUGCAAAACACAGCCGAUCUUAACUGUGCAAUCCUGCGCAAGGGAGUUCUAUUGCUUGUAGUGGGUCUCACAUUGUCUGGGGUUGCAGCCCUGAGAGUGUCAGUGCAAAUGAUGGCAAGCUGCAGUUGAUUGCUGGGGUCUGGGUUGUGCUACCGGGAAAGUGUUAGGCUUGCAGCCAAGAAAUCCAGGGCAGUAUCCAGCAAAGUAGCUGUGCAACGGAAUUUCCCCAAAUCUCUUCAUGCAUCCUCCAUUCUGCUCUGGGACUCCCCAAUCCUGCAGAGCAGUUGGGGGCACAUGGGGAGAGGGAGUUCCAUUGAGCAGCCAUGCACCAGCAGAACACCUUGGUGGGAUUCUGCCCUGAAUCCCCCCCCCUUCAAAUCCUGUCCUUCUCAAAACUUGUGGCAGGGGCAGGGAGCCUCAGGCCCAAGUGUGGCCCUCCAGGCCUCUCUGUCUGGCCCUUGGGAUGCUCCCUAGCCACACCCCUUACUCGCUGUGCAUCAACACCACCCUAAGUGUUUUUUGUCUGGCAGUAAAGUGUCUUUUAAUCAUGCCUCCUGCAAGUGUGCAUAUAGAAACUAGCCUACUCUACAAAGGUGGUGUUUGUUGCUCCACCCACCUCUGGCAUGUGGACUUCAGAAGGUUGCUCAAGCAGCCACCGCUCUCCCCAUCCACCUCUCUGUGGGGUUUGCAUCUCCUGUGCAGGUUAAACUCCUUGCCUUGAGCUAAAAGGGGGAAUGGGAGAGCUUAACGUCCUGAGGCAGGAGACUUUUGAACUGUCCCUGUUUCCCCUGUAGAGGAAUUCUCUCUCCUUAAUAAGAACUGCCUUAGCAUCCUGCCCUCAGCAGUGGUCAUCCAGAUGACCUCCUGGAAGCUUGAGAAUCAGACUGUUGCCUGUUGUUUGUCCCUGUUUUCCGGUCCUCGGAGGCAUCCUACCUUUUGAAUGUGGAGGUUUCAUUGAGCUGUUGUUGCUAAUGGACUUCAUUUCUUGGGGUGUUUGAAACCCACUUCAGCAGCCCUUACAUACCGUAUAUACUCGAGUAUAAGCCUGCCCGAAUAUAAGCCGAGGCACCUAAUUUUAGCACAAAAAACUAGGAAAACUUAUUGAAUCGAGUGUAAGCCGAUUCACCACCUCACAAACCUGGUGGUGGCAGCAGCAGUGGAGGAAGAACAAGCAGUCCAAAAGGGCUCCUUUCGGGCUGCUCGUCCCUCCGCCAUCGCUUCUGCUGCUGCCUGCAUUUGCGAGAGGCAGGUGGCAGCAGCAGGACCAGCGGCGAGAAAGGGCUCCUUUCGGGCCACUCGUCCCUCUGCCACUGCUGCCUGCCUCACUCGAGUAUAAGUCAAGGGGGGCUUUUUCAGCAUAAAAAAUGUGCUGAAAAAGUCGGCUUAUACUCGAGUAUAUACGGUAGGUUAGCUAGGGUGCUCUGUGUCUAGUCUGACCGCAGCCAUGGUCCACAUUGUUGGGUAACCCUAGUUCUAAGUGUACAUAGCUCCUUUCCCCACCUUCCUUGACUGUCCCCAAGCCUCCAUCCAGCUCAUCACUUUCUUUUUCCAAAGCUAGAACUCCCCACUUACUGAUUCCCUCCAUUUCACUCCAUCUGUGGUGGGCAACAGGGUACUGCGCAUGAUGUCCCCAGACACAGGUGCAUUAACGCUCUUCUCUCUUUCUCGUAGGAAUAUGAGAAAGCUCUGAAGUACAUCCGGGGGUUGCUGAAGACGGAGCCAAGCAACACACAAGCCAUGGAGCUGGAGAAGCUCAUCAAGAGGGCCAUGCAGAAAGGUUAGGGGGGCAGGUGUGGGGAGCGCAACCCUUUCCCUCCCACCUUUUAAGACUCUGUUCAAACACAGUAAUUCUGAUCCCAGUAAACCAUGGUUGGGGCAUUUCUCACAAACCAAGUGAUGACUCCACAUAGGAAACUGAGGCCUGUGUCAGUCCGCUUAGCUCAGGGCACUGACUGGCAGCAGCUCUCCAGGGUUUCAGGAAGGGAAUCUUUCCCAGCCGUAGCUGGAGAUGCCGGGUCUUGAACCCCGAGAUGUUUCUUCACGCAAGGUUUGUGGGGAUCACCCAAAACAGUUUCUCAGUUUGGAAGCAAUGGGGGAAAUGUGGUUUAACAAACCGUGGGGGCCUUUUGUUUUUCAAGUGUGUAGGAAUGGGGAGAGCCCAGGGACGCUCUUCGUAACUCCUUGCCCAACAAACCAUCGUGCUUUGGACAUGUAAACUAAGCUGAUGCGUUCAGAGAGCAGAAUGCAUUAAAACACCCAACCAUCUUUGAGCGCCUUUUACGAAAUGCCUCCUAGUAUUUCUCAAGGAGACGGAAAGGUGUUUCAACAGCUCUUAAGUACCAGCAAUGAGGACCGGGUGCCUCGUUUGGAUAAGACGGCACAGGGAUCACUUCUGCACUGCCAGAGGCCAAUGAGAGGGUGAGGGCCGUCGGCCUGGGAGGUGGCAGCAGCUAUUCUUCCACCACCACCUCUGAAAAGGUGGUGAUGGAAAAAGUUGGUCCCCAUGGCAACCGGGUUGGUCCAGCCCCCCUCCCGCAGGCUUCAGUCCAAAGAUCUCUUGAGGAGCCUCUCAAUCCUUAACUAGCGUUCCAGGAUGACGCCUCUCUUCCCUCUUCUCUCUCCACAGAUGGCCUGGUUGGCAUGGCGAUCGUGGGCGGCAUGGCUCUGGGCGCUGCCGGGCUGGCUGGUCUCAUCGGCUUGGCCAUCUCCAAAUCAAAACCUUAACUGGCUCAGUUAGGGUGGUGGUGGGGUCCCACCCCCCUGCCCCCUUUCGCACCCGGCCAGAGCAGCCUGGCCUUGGCAACUCACAGCUCUAACCCUGCAGGGAAAAUGAGGGACGAUUAAAAACAUGCUCGGCAGCCACUAAUCCGACCCUGAUUCCCGGACUUUCCCCUCCCCUCCUUCUGUGAGGCCAAAGUGGCCCUUUCGGUAGAAGACUGGCCAAAUAGGAACAUGGGCGCGCAUGGCUGCGGGCCCUUCUAGCUCUCAGUUGCCCCAGCCCCCUGUUGUGUAACUUCCUUUAGGUUCCUUGCCUACGCUUCACCUAUCACACGCUGACGUGAGGAAAGCACACGGGUUUCUCCCCGCUGCCUGCCUUUGCAGCCUCUCGCUUGUCGUGGGGCUUGGAGAUUUCUCUCAUCUGAGACUUAAGAUACAAAAUGCCAGGAAAGGACAUCAUUUUCAGAAGACUACAGUUGGAUUGGGUGGGGCGGGGGGAAACCCCCCCUUGUCCUGCAGUGUGCGGCUUAGCUUCUUGUUGCUGUGAACGAUGGUCGAGGAGAAGGCUUUCCGGGACAGAACCUUUCCCUCACUGUCAGACUGUGUUUUCUCUUACACUUAAUAAACACACACAUGUGCCUCCCUCUCUUCCUUCCAUCCCCCCAGUUUGCACUUCCUUUGCAUGGUGCCUCCUGAUCCUCUUAGCUCUGUAGCAGCACCGGGUUCCAUCUAGAGGAGCCUGUGGUCCUCCAUAUUUUUGUUCAACUCGCGUCAGCCGCCAACAGCAUGGGCGGCGGUCAGGGACGAUGGGAAUUGUAGUCCAGCCCCAUCACUGGAGGAACAUAGGUGCCCCCACUUCUUCUUUGGGGUCUUCCUCUGCCUAGAUAGCUAUCUUCCGUUGUCCCCUUAUUUAUUUGGUAGAGCUGGUGGGGGCUGCCAACAUGAGAAUUAGGUCACCUCUCUCGUCUCGCAACAGAUAGAGCGAGCUUCUUGGGACAUGGAGAGGAAACACAGCAGAAAAGAGGGACACUCAAAGCAGCCUUAUAUUGGAAAGUAUCUGCUUCUAAGCUGACAAGGGACGGGUUCCUUCUUUAGGUUGGCGAGUGAAGACCCCACGCCAAGCCUCUAGCGGGGCUUCCUUCGUGCAAGGUUGACGUUCCAGUCACCGUUCAGAGACUACAAAUGUAUUGAAAACACUUCUUUCCUCUUUUCUGGAAACUUAAUCUCCCUGCUCACUGAACAGGUGCUUUUAUAUGGUUUUCUAGCCUCUGACUGGCGUGAGGCAGGGAUGUGAAUAAAAAUUAAAAUACAGAUGCAAAUGAUUUUGAUUGUCUGAUUUGCGCCUCUCGCGAAGUCUGGGCCUCAGAUGUCCUUAAGGCGGUGAGCUGUUGUCCAAUCCAUCCUGUUUAUGCUGCAGGCUGCCACUGAAUUUUCUCUGUGUUUGGCCAUUUAGGAAUCAAUUAGACCAUUGGCCCAUCAGCUGCCAGCAUUGUUGAUGCUGCCUGGCAGCAGAUCUCCCAAGGUUUCAGGCAGGGAGCCUUAUCCUGGCCCUACCUGGCGAUGCCAGAGAUUGAAGCUGCAUGCAAAGCAGAUGUUCCACCACGGGAGCUCCAGCCCUUCCCCCUAUGGCCAGGGUCUCCCUCGAUAAUGAGCACCCGACAGCUUGCCUUGAACUCUGGAUCCUUGGCAGCACCGUGCGUCUUCAUUGCUGUACGACAGCUCACACCCAGGCAGCCCCAAGUGAUUUUCAGAAGUGAGCAAGAUGGCUAAUUUCACAUUGCGGAGCAGCUGAAACCUGGCUGCUGUGCAUGCAGAUGUUGUGUGCCAGCAUCCUGGCAAAUGCCUCUUGACCUAGUGAAUGCAGAGGCUACACGGUAGCCUUUGGACCGAGCCUGACAAACUGCAAUUCCCCCUCACCCUGCUGGCUGCAAGAGUUGCUGAGCAAGUGGAA